AUGACACUGCUCGAUAUGAUUUGCAUGGAUGGCGUGGAUGUGGAUGAUGGCGCGGAUGUGGAUGAUGGCGCGGAUGUGGAUGAUGGCGCGGAUGUGGAUGGUGGCGCGGAUGUGGAUGAUGACGCGGAUGUGAAUGAUGACGUGGAUGUGGAUGAUGGCGUGGAUGUGGAUGAUGACGUGGAUAUGGAUGAUGGCGUGGAUGUGGAUGAUGAUGAUAAUGUGGAUGAUGACGAUGAUGUGGAUGGUGGCGUGGAUGUGGAUGAUGGCGUGGAUGUGGAUAAUGUCGCGGAUGUGGAUGAUGUCGUGGAUGUGGAUAAUGUCGUGGAUGUGGAUGAUGGCGUAGAUGACAUGGAUGUGGAUGACACUCUAAUUUAG